AUAUCUCUUAGACACUUUGAAAUCAUCUGUUUGCAAUUCGGUUGACACAUUUUUCACUUUCGAUGACUAUUGUCUCAGGAAAACGAAUCGUUGGACUGAAAAUCGGAAUAGGUAAUUAUUUCAGGACUCUCUCUUCCACUUCUCUAUAUUUUCCUCUGCGAUUAGUCCCAAUUUUUUGACAGUAAGCUUGCACAUUUGCUCAAUGGAAUCAAUGUUUCCAAUAUAGUCUUAGAAGCCUUGAUAAAGUAAUGAAGUGAGAUUGCUGUCAAAAAAUAUUCUUCGUUUUUUAGGAAUGGCUGCAUCAGGAGCCGGAAUUGUGGUUACCCUUAUCUUAUUGCUUCCCUUCUGGAAGAAACCAAUGAUUAGAAUAAUUAUGGCUUUGAUAAAGCAGAGGAGCAAAGACUUCGAUGGCAAAAUGAAAAUUAAGGGACUUGUCUCUUUGAGAAGAUACACCUACAAAGACAUCAAGACGAUGACUAACUCUUUUAAAGAAAAGUUAAGCCAGGGAGGCUAUGGCUCCGUGUACAAAGGCAAGCUUCGAGACGGUCAACUUGUGGCCUUGAAGCUGCUAAAGAAUCUGAAAGGCGAUGCAGAAGAAUUUUUCAAUGAAGUUGCGAGCAUAAGCAAGACUUCUCAUGUCAAUGUUGUCAGCCUCUUGGGGUUCUGUUUUGAAGGAAGCAAAAGAGCUUUGGUUUAUGAGUUUAUGUCCAAUGGAUCCCUCGAAAAAUUCAUAUUCAACAGGAGUAAUACUACGGAGGCAGAUCAACAAUUGAGUUGGGACACAUUGUACCAGAUUUCACUCAGCAUUGCUCACGGGCUAGAGUACUUGCAUAAAGGUUGCAACGCGAGGAUCUUGCACUUUGACAUAAAGCCUCACAACAUUCUCCUCGACGAAAACUAUUGUCCCAAGAUUUCCGACUUUGGUCUUGCCAAAAUAUGCCCAAGAGAAGAGAGCAUCGUGUCAAUGCUAGGUGCUCGGGGCACCAUCGGAUAUAUUGCUCCAGAGUUGAUAAUAAGGAACAUCGGAGGGGUUUCUCACAAAUCAGAUGUCUAUAGCUACGGUAUGAUGGUUCUGGAGAUGGUCAGUAAGAGGAGAAAUAUUGAAGUCACAGUAGAUCAAACCAGCGAAACAUACUUCCCUCAUUGGGUCCACCGACGCCUGGAGCUUCGAGAAGAGCUUGGGCUGCAUGGGAUCACAAAUGAGAAGGACAAAGAAACCGCGACAAAGAUGAUUGUAAUAGGCUUAUGGUGCAUUCAAAUCGAUCCAAGAGCUCGACCAUGUAUGACCCAAGUUGUGGAGAUGCUAAAAGGAAGUUUUGACGCCUUGCAAAUUCCUCCCAAACCCAUUUUGUCAUCACCCUCGCAAUCACUCGCAGCUUGUCCAUGUGAAAGUUCGUCUAUGCAAAAGAGUAAUGACUCGAGUUGA